GUGUCACAUGACUUAUUCAAAAUGGCGGCUGCCACUGGUAGUAUUUUUGCUGGAAGAUUACGUGCCGGAUCCGAAAAAUAUGCCUCUGUUGACGCUGAUGGCAACCCGAUUGAAGUUGAGACUAGAGAAGAUGAAGAGCAGAAUGUCAAACUGCAGCAAACAAUUGACCUUCUUUUGGCUGCAGGGUAUUUCAGGGCUCGUAUCAAAGGCCUCUCUCCUUUCGAUAAGGUUGUUGGAGGUAUGACAUGGUGCAUAACAACUUGCAACUUUGACGUUGAUGUUGACUUGUUGUUCCAAGAAAACUCGACCAUUGGUCAGAAAAUUUCUUUGACAGAAUCUAUUGUGGCUGUCCUUCCAAGGAUGAAGUGUCCCCACCGAAUUGAACCUCAUCAGAUUCAGGGCUUGGAUUUCAUUCACAUUUUCCCAGUUGUGCAAUGGCUGGUGAAAAAAGCAAUCGAGACGAGAGAGGAGAUGGGAGACUACAUUCGCCAGUAUUCUAUUUCACAGUUCAACAAGAACCACAAAAUGCCUGAGGAUGAGGCGUUUGAAGCUGUAAAGGAUAAUGCAACUACCACAGUCUUGGAUGUGAAGGAUGCCUACCGGCCUCAGCGUCGAUACAGACGUCAUGAUGCUGACAGUCUGACAGAUGAGGAAAUGCGUGUACAAUCAACACUCCUAGAGUAUGGCAGGCAAUAUGGUGUAAGCAAGUCGGACAAAGAGGAAAAGGACAGUGAUAAGGCUGCCAAGAAAAAGGCCAUCGCUGCUGGUCUUAGCAAGGAGCCGCAGGACAAUGAGGAAGAGCUACAGGCCGAAGAGGAGCGGCGCAUCAAAGCUUUGAUGAGUGGUAUGUCUGCCAUGGGUGCUCAGGAGGGUAAAGUGACAGCCAGUGCUGUGGGCUCCAUAGUUGGGAUGCAGUCACAGGAGAUACAGAAGAUGGCCUCGGAAUAUGCUCAGAAACAAGCUGAGAUAGAACAGAUGGAGAAGCAAGAGAGACAGGGAGGAGCCCAACAGCACCAAAGACUCACUGCAGCCCUGAAGAAGCAGAUAGAACAACAGAAAGAAAAAUUAGAAGACUUGACCUCUAAACACAAUCAACUCCAUGAGACGUACGUGGCUACGCAGCAGAAGCUGGAGGAGGUGCAGCAGCAAAGUGCUGACAUGGAGGCUGAGAUGGAGAGGAUGACGGAGAUCGAGCAAGGGGAAAACCAAGGAAUACUGCAAAAUCUUCGAUCACUUGUUGCUAUGAAUGAGAACCUGAAGCAGCAAGAGCAGGAAUUCAAGGCUCACUGCAAGGAGGAGAUGGCGCGACUCAAGAAGAACAUUGAAAAACUUAAGGAGGAGGCUGAUGCUGUGGACGGUGAGGACAAGGAGCGUGUGAACCUCAUUGACAAGCAGUACACGGCAGAUAAGGAAAAACUCCACAAGAUCAGGCUUUUGCUUGCUAAGAAAAACAGAGAGAUUGCUGGUUUGCAGAGGAAGAUCGAUGAGGUCCCGUCUCGGGCUGAACUGAGUCAGUAUCAGAGGAGAUUUGUGGAGCUCUAUAAUCAAGUGUCCUCCAAGCACACAGAGACGAAGCAGUUCUUCACACUGUAUAACACACUGGAUGACACAAAGGCCUACUUGAGCAAAGAAGUACAGCUCCUGAAUUCAAUUCAUGAUAACUUCCAACAGCGGAGAAGAAGCGGCAAGAGGAGAAGAUGAAGCGUGACCAGUUGAGCGACCAUCACUUAGACCUCAUUGAAAAACAGCGACUCUACUUUAAGACUGUCAAGGACUUCAAGGAGGAAUGCCGUAAAAAUGAGAUCCUGCUGUCGAAACUCAGAAGCCAGUAACAGGGAACAGUGGAUGUUGUGUUGUUUUUCUCUCUAUCUGUCCCCUCCUCCCUCCCUCCCCCUUUCUCUCUCUCUCUCU